AGCACAGGUUUGUUAAGGAGACAUUCCUCCGAAAGCGGCUGGUUCUGGUGUAACUCUUCGUGUUACUGUAUUUACACGACUGUCUGUUUUCCGCAGGGGAACACAGGAGGAGUCAACAGGCUUCCAGAUGGCCCUAAAGGGGGCAGCGGUGCUUUCUUCGCCCUGCGGAGUUGCCACCAGUUGUUGAACAGCGACAGCGGCGAGUUUUUCUCCCCAGACUAUUUGUGCUCCAACCCUCCUCUGUGGUGCAACUGGACCAUUCAGGUGGAUCCUGGGAAGAGGAUUCAUCUCCGCCUGGAGGACUUGACCCUUGAAGAGGCCUGCUCACUGAAACAGGACCAGAUCCAUGUGGAUGAGCCUGGCGCCCAGUCAGGGGGCCACAAGGUGCUGCAGAAGUGCUGGCAGGAAGCCAAGUACACGUCGUCCUCCAACACUCUGUAUGUGGUGCUCCUGAUCGGCGGCUGGCCUGACCCUCCUUACCGAGGUUUUUAUGGCCACUACCAAGCAUUUGGACCACCGGUGGUUUACAGCCCACAGGAAGGCUCAACAGGAAGAAGCAAGAAGUCGGAGCGUUCUCCUGGACUGAGUGAAUUUGAGCCGUUAGUGAACAAUGUGGAGCUGGAAAACGAUGAUCUGGCGUAUGACUAUUAUGAUCAGCAGUUAGCGACGGCUGGGCUGCCCUGGGUGCCGCUGGGUGGAGACAGAGGUGCAGAGGCAGUUAAAAACCUCUAUCCAUCACUGAAGAACCACUCCCAUGUCUACCAGUCUGUGGCUGCACCCACGGCACCGACGUCCACGCAGAGGAUGUUCCGGUCAGGAAGAGGAGCCACUCGCAGCCUUUCCAGCCAGGCCGACUCGGCCGGUCGCUCUGUAAUCCUGCCAGCACAGCAGCGUGAUGAACUCAAACCUGGCAACAACACUCCAAUAGCAAGAAAAGGGAAAACGGUGGACACUGUGUCUGCAGAUGAGAGCAGCCUGAAUGGUCAGGUCUCUCCUGAUGGUUUGGAAGAAGUUGCAGACGACAGACUGCGGAUCAGUCAGGCGUCAGACCAGCAACCAUCUUCUUCUGAUGACCACAAAACGGACCACAAGCAUCACCACCCUAAAAUGGUGGAACCCAAAGGGAACUCGAACAUGAAAAAUAAAUCGGAGGGUCCACAUCUGCCUGGUGAUCACCUGUUUGAAGUGGCUGUUGAGGUGAAUUUCAGUCACGAUUUGGAAGAUUCCUGGGACAAUCUGGCUCAGCUGCUGCUGCUGUCAGUAAAGACUUUGAUCAGCAAACAGCUGGAAGCUCUUCACACACGACUUUCCCUCUCGUCAAAAAGAAUUAAGAGGCUGAAUGCAGGAGCACUCUACAUCCUUUGGCUGCAGAUCGGUCAUGGGCCUGGAGGCGUGCAGAUCCACAGGGCCGUCCACUCAGCCAUGCAGGGGCUCCUCGCCACAGGCGUCAACCUGAGAGUCAACCACAGGAGCGCCGUCAUCAUGUCUGUGUCCACGGCAGAUGUGAAUGAAUGUGGGACCCAGCUGGUUCUGUGUGAUGCUAACGCAGACUGUGUGAACCACUUUGGUACAUACGCCUGCCGCUGCAGAGCGGGCUUUAGGGAUGAGUCCCAUCUGGGAUCCGGGGGAACCACCUGCAUGGAAGCGCAGCCAGCAGGUUGCGGAUCCAACCUGUCCUCGGAGACUAAAGGGGUCUACAUCCUGUUCUUCCUGCUCAGCUCCCUUAUCCUGACGCUGCUGGUGGUGUCCGGCACGCUCUAUCACCGCCAUCACCGCGGAGGCUUUGUAGUCCGCUGCCCUUCCCCACCCGACCCAAACAACAACCAUCUCCAGCCUGACGAUAGUUACUCCACUCCCACUGACUGUGACCUACCCCCUCCGCCUCCGCCUGCAAGAGGAGGCAGAGAGAGCUGGGCUCCAGGGAAGGAGCGCUGCCCCCCUGUGGAUCUGCCUCUGCUGCGCUUCAGCUCUCUGCUGCCUGCAGACGGCUACAUCGAUCCACAGGAGAGCGGAAAGUUGUAAUCCAUAACCAAGUUUAUCUGUAUUCUUUAAGACGCCUUUUUGUUUUUUCUUUUUUCUAAAUAAUACUCUUAUCCACUCUAUGCAACCUGCUCAAUUAAAAUCACAACAAAACACAAUUUCUCUGUUGUUUUAUCCGCUAAUAUACCUGAAGUAAAUGUGCAGCCAAAACUGCAUGUUGUCUAGGCGGCAUUUUGAGUAACUGAUGCUGCCUGCUUAAAACUUCCUACCUGGUACCACAGCAUGCAGACAGUCAAGUCCAGUUUUCUAACCUGGCUCACCUGGAGAAAACCACUAAUACAGGCUUACAGCAGCUAAUCCAAAGCAGUGAAGAAUCACCUCUCGCCUUAUUGUAAGAUCCCCAGGAAGUCUGCUACAACCUACGAUGGAGUAGUAGGGCCAGGCUAGAAACGAAUAAAAAAAAAAAAAUUGAGAAUAAAGUUGUUACAAUAAUGUGUACAAGAAAAGUCAAAUAAGUCAUAUUUUGAGAAGUCAGGAUUAUGAGAAUAAUCUUGAGAUUACAGUAGAAAUAAGUCAUGUUUUGAGAAUAAAGUCAAUAAUAUAGAAUA